UAGCCGGAGGGGACAAGGGCAGAGGCACCAUGAGUGGGGGCCCUGUGGGUGGCAGGGCUGGGGGCCGAGGAGGACCAGGGACUCAGCAGAACAUUCCCUCUGCCCUCCUCCAGGAUCAUGAGAACCAGCGACUCUUCGAGAUGCUUGGACGGAAAUGUUGGACACUGGCCACUGCAGUUGUUCAGCUGUACCUGGCGCUGCCCCGUGGAGCUGAGCACUGGACCAAGGAGCAUUGUGGGGCCGUGUGCUUCGUGAAGGACAACCCACAGAAAUCCUACUUCAUUCGCCUUUAUGGCCUUCAGGCUGGCCGGAUGCUCUGGCAACAAGAGCUGUAUUCACAGCUGGUCUACUCCACGCCCACCCCCUUCUUCCACACCUUCGCUGGAGAUGAUUGUCAAGCAGGGCUGAACUUUGCAGACGAGGGUGAGGCCCAGGCCUUCCAGGCCCUAGUGCAGGAGAAGAUACAAAAAAGGAAUCAGAGGCAAAGUGGAGACAGACGUCAGCUCCCCCCACCACCAGCACCAGUCAAUGAAGAGAGAAGAGGAGGUCUCCCACCCAUACCCCCACACCCAGCUGGAGAACAAGGAGGCCCAACAGGCAGCCCGCUGUCCCUGGGACUGGUGGCAGUGGACAUCCAGAACCCAGACAUCACGAGUUCUCGAUACCGUGGGCUCCCUGCACCUGGGCCUGGCCCAACUGAUAAGAAACGCUCAGGGAGGAAGAAGAUCAGCAAGGCUGAUAUUGGUGCACCGAGUGGAUUCAAACAUGUCAGCCACGUGGGAUGGGACCCCAAUAAUGGAUUUGAUGUGAACAACCUGGAUCCGGCUCUGAGGAGCCUGUUCUCCAGGGCAGGAAUCAGUGAGGCCCAGCUCACUGAUGCUGAAACCUCCAAACUCAUCUAUGACUUCAUUGAAGACCAAGGCGGGCUGGAGGCUGUGCGCAAAGAAAUGAGGCGGCAGGAGCCCCUUCCACCACCCCCACCACCAUCCAGAGGAGGGAACCAGGGCCCACGGCCCCCUACUGUGGGAACAAACAAGGGUCGAUCUGGUCCACUGCCCCCUGUACCUGCAGGAGGUGCCCCACCCCCGCCAACUCCCCGGGGACCCCCACCUCUGGGCCGAGGAGGGCCUCCACCACCACCCCCUCCAGGCACUGGACGUUUUGGACCACCCCCACCUCCACCCUCUGCAGCUGGGGGGCCACCUGCACCACCGCCACCACCACCGCCACCUCCACCACCCAGCUCUGGGGAUGGGCCAAUUCCACCCCCACCCCCUCCUACUCUGGGGUCUGUGGGGGGGGUCUCCCCUGGUGGAGGUCGGGGGGCACUUUUGGACCAAAUUCGACAGGGAAUUCAGCUGAACAAGACCUCAGGUGCUCCAGAGAGCUCAGCGCUGCAGCCCCCAGCACAGAGCUCAGAAGGACUGGUGGGGGCCUUGAUGCACGUGAUGCAGAAGAGAAGCAAAGCCAUUCACUCCUCCGACGAAGGGGAGGACCAGGCCGGCGAUGAUGAUGAUGAUGAUGAAUGGGACGACUAAGUCACUCCCGACCCCCCUCCCACUCGUUCUGCACCUACUUCUAGGGCAGCCGCCGCUAGUCCUUCACUUCAAGGCCCGC